AACCCUAGUUCCCCCGCCGCCAUGGCCGACGACCACUACUCCUCCAAGCGCAAGUACGACGACUCCCCGCCGCCGCGCCGGACGGGAUUCUCCUCCGGCCCGCCGCCCGCCUCGCCGCCGGUUGCCGGUGCCCCGGUGCCAUCUUCGUACAACACUGUGCCGCCGCCUCCCGACGAGAUCCAGCUCGCGAAGCAGCGCGCGCAGGAGAUCGCAGCUCGGCUCUUCAGCGCCGCUGAGGCGAAGCGUCCCCGCGUCGACAAUGGCGAUGACGACGUGGGCACCGGUGGGGGAGGAGGGGGUUCCCUGGGGAGCGGUGGCCGUAUCGGCGGUGGCGGCCUCGGAUUCUCGUCCUCAGCCGGUGGUGGCCAUGCUUCUUCCAUCCCACCCUUAUCUUCUCAAGGAAACUCACAUCAGUAUUCUUCAUAUGGUGGUGGAUACCAGAGUGGCAGUACAACAAAAAAGAUUGAUAUCCCAAAUGGAAGGGUUGGUGUUAUCAUUGGAAAAGCUGGAGAAACUAUAAAGCAUCUCCAAGCUCAGUCAGGGGCAAAGAUCCAAGUAACAAGGGACAUGGAUGUUCAACCCGGCUCACAGACAAGAUCGGUCGAUCUUUCGGGCACUCCUGACCAGAUAAACAGAGCUGAGCAGUUGAUAAUUGAUGUUCUUGCAGAGGCUGAUGCUGGAUCAUCUGGCACUAUCUCUAAUCGGAAGUACAACGCACCUCAACCUGGUGCUGAGCAAUUCCAAAUGCAAAUUGCUAACAAUAAGGUGGGUCUGGUUAUUGGUAAGGGUGGUGAGACUAUAAAAUCCAUGCAGGCCAAAUCUCAAGCUCGUAUACAGGUCAUUCCUUUGCAUUUGCCUCCUGGUGAUACUUCAACUGAAAGAACACUGUAUAUUGAUGGUACUGCAGAGCAAAUUGAAAUAGCAAAGCAGCUUGUGAGUGAGGUCACCAGUGAGAAUCGUGCCAGAAAUCCAAUGUCAGGUGGCUAUUCUCAGCAGGGCUACCGCCCUCCUCGUCCUCAGGCAAACUGGGGUGCGCCUGGUGCACCAACAACACAACAGCCUGGUUAUGGUUACAUGCAGCCUGGACCUUAUCCUGGUGCGCCACCACAGUAUGGCCAGCAACCUUAUGGCAGCUACCCUCCAGCAUCUGGAGGUUAUCAGACAGGGUGGGAUCAGUCUUCAAACCAGCAAUCACAGCAGGCCCCCUCUGCCGCUGGUUAUGACUACUAUAACCAACAGCAGCAACCCCAACAGCAACAAUCUGCCACUGGAACUGCUGCACCUGCUGAUGCUAGCAACUACAAUUACAGCCAGCCUCCUGCUAGUUAUGCUUCACAAGGGUAUGGUGAUUCUACCUACUCUCAGCAGAGUGGUGGGCAGCAAGCUUAUGACUACUCUGGUUACCAGACCCAGGGGCAGCAGCAGUCUUACUCGCAGCAGCCUGGAUAUGAUCAGCAGAGCUAUGGGGCAUCUGGCUAUGGAUCAGCUGCUAACUCAACUCAGGAUGGUACUGCACCUAGCUAUGGUGGUCCAGGUGGUGCUGGUCAAGCAUCUCCAGGGCAGCAAGCUUCCACUCCAUCCUCUGGAGGCCAACCGGGUUAUCCUAGCCAACCACCUACUAGUGCUGCUGCAUCAAGCUACCCAGUGCAAGGUUCUGCCCCUCCAUCUGGAUACGUUGCUCCACAUACACAGCCUGGUUAUGGUACGCAGCCACCACCACAGGGCGCAUACGGUCAGGGUGCUUAUGGGCAGCCUCCGCAGGCUCAGAAGCCGCCUUCAUCUGCUCCUACUUAUGGACAGCCACCGCCUGCUCAGGCUGGUUAUGGGCAGUAUGGAUACAGUCAGCAAGGCUAUGGUGCACCGCCGCCUUACCCUGGUGCACCCACUGCUAGCCAGCCAGGCUAUGGCCAGCAGCAGUCAUACGGUGAUCCUUAUGCUACUGGUAGCUAUGGGCAGCCUACAGCGUAUUCUACUGAAGCUACAGCACCUGCUGCUUCCCAGGAUCAAUCUGCCGCCGCACCUGCCCCUACCACAGCAACUGCCGCUCCUGCUCCUGCCAACAGUGGUGCCCCCCAAACUUCUCCGAGUUGAGCUGCCUGCUCCUGCCUCAGCUGCAUCUGCAAUCUGGUUUCCUUGCUCUGCUGCUUGAAGUAUAAUCCUCAGUCUAUCCAUGUUAUCUUACUUUUUAUUGCUUGCUUGUGAACUUUAUAUAUUGCUAUAUUAUAUCCUGGUUUUGCUGCUUGCGUAUGGCAUGUACUGCUGUGCUUGUGAUCGCUGGUGCAUAAUGUGACCUAUACUUUGGAUACUGAAAUGCAACUGUUCAGUUUUGCAGCUUAACGUGUUAUUAUAGUUAUGUGGAUGAAAUAUGUAUUUGACAUCAAUUUCUAGCAGGCACUUGAGCCUCAUACUUUGUUGUCUUUCAUUUGAUGUUUUCACAUUGUUAUGUGGGGAUCACUGUUUCAUUGGCUCUGCUGCUGUUCUUGCAUCCUACCAUAACAUACGGAUGUAUGUAGACAUGUUUUAGAAUGCAGACUCAUUCAUUUUGCUAAAAAGACUUAUACUCCCUCCGUCUGGGAAUUCUUGUCCCAGAAAUGAAUAAAAGGGAUGUAUCUUUACGGAGGGAGUAUAUAGGAACGGAGGGAGUAGUUUACAUCGCUCCUGAGAUGUAUUCAGGUGGUGCUUAGAGCACUAAUCCGUCCAGAUCGAUCUUGGGUUACGCUUGCCCCCAAAUUCCAUUUUUGUUCAUGAGUGAAUCGAGUCUUUUUUUGGUGCGGUGAUUAUAAAACAUUCCUCGUACUGACGGGAAAUCCCUGUUACCGACAUCUAUACAUCCAUAUAAUCUUUCUUUUUGUGAAAAUACAUCCAUAGAUUCUGAGCAUCAAUAUACAAUGUAUUUUUUGGUUUUUUUUAGCAUCAGUACAGACACAAACGCUCAUAUACACGCGCACACACGCACCCUUAUGAACGCACAUACGCACACCUUACCGCUAUGAUCAAUCUGCCGCCGCACCUGCCCCUACCACAGCCGCUGCCGCUCCUGCUCCUGCCAACAGUGGUGCCCACCAAACUUCUCCGAGUUGAGCUGCCUGCUCCUGCCUCAGCUGCAUCUGCAAUCUGGUUUCCUUGCUCUGCUGCUUGAAGUAUAAUCCUCAGUCUAUCCAUGUUAUCUUACUUUUUAUUGCUUGCUUGUGAACUUUAUAUAUUGCUAUAUUAUAUCCUGGUUUUGCUGCUUGCGUAUGGCAUGUACUGCUGUGCUUGUGAUCGCUGGUGCAUAAUGUGACCUAUACUUUGGAUACUGAAAUGCAACUGUUCAGUUUUGCAGCUUAACGUGUUAUUAUAGUUAUGUGGAUGAAAUAUGUAUUUGACAUCAAUUUCUAGCAGGCACUUGAGCCUCAUACUUUGUUGUCUUUCAUUUGAUGUUUUCACAUUGUUAUGUGGGGAUCACUGUUUCAUUGGCUCUGCUGCUGUUCUUGCAUCCUACCAUAACAUACGGAUGUAUGUAGACAUGUUUUAGAAUGCAGACUCAUUCAUUUUGCUAAAAAGACUUAUACUCCCUCCGUCUGGGAAUUCUUGUCCCAGAAAUGAAUAAAAGGGAUGUAUCUUUACGGAGGGAGUAUAUAGGAACGGAGGGAGUAGUUUACAUCGCUCCUGAGAUGUAUUCAGGUGGUGCUUAGAGCACUAAUCCGUCCAGAUCGAUCUUGGGUUACGCUUGCCCCCAAAUUCCAUUUUUGUUCAUGAGUGAAUCGAGUCUUUUUUUGGUGCGGUGAUUAUAAAACAUUCCUCGUACUGACGGGAAAUCCCUGUUACCGACAUCUAUACAUCCAUAUAAUCUUUCUUUUUGUGAAAAUACAUCCAUAGAUUCUGAGCAUCAAUAUACAAUGUAUUUUUUGGUUUUUUUUAGCAUCAGUACAGACACAAACGCUCAUAUACACGCGCACACACGCACCCUUAUGAACGCACAUACGCACACCUUACCGCUAUGAUCAAUCUGCCGCCGCACCUGCCCCUACCACAGCCGCUGCCGCUCCUGCUCCUGCCAACAGUGGUGCCCACCAAACUUCUCCGAGUUGAGCUGCCUGCUCCUGCCUCAGCUGCAUCUGCAAUCUGGUUUCCUUGGCUCUGCUGCUUGAAGUAUAAUCCUCAGUCUAUCCAUGUUAUCUUCAUUGCUUGCUUGUGAACUUUAUAUAUUGCUAUAUUAUAUCCUGGUUUUGCUGCUUGCGUAUGGCAUGUACUGCUGUGCUUGUGAUCGCUGGUGCAUAAUGUGACCUAUACUUUGGAUACUGAAAUGCAACUGUUCAGUUUUGCA